AUGAAAAGGUUACUUGGACUCUUCUUGUGUAUGUUUGUCAUUUCCGCUUUCUCUAUCAUUUAUUUCAAUUCCGAAACAAAUUUUGAAUCUAAAGUUACUGAUGACAAAAACAUAAACAAAUUUCAUGGUGUAUUCCAUUCUGUGUUUCUUAAAUUAAUUAAUAUAACUAGAUCCGACAGUUCACAUGAUGGUAGCAGCACCACAUACAAUCAUAAUACUAAAAAUUUAAAUAACAACAAUAAUAAUAACAAUAACAAUAAUAAUAACUAUAAAAAUGAUAAUAAUGAAGAAAAUGAUUAUCAACAACCUUCACCUACCAAAUAUGUGAAUACUCAAUCACCAACUAUGUAUCGUCCACCUACUCCAUCGACAACUCAAUCACCAACACCAACCCAAACACCAUCUCCAACACCAUCUCCAACACCAUCUCCAACACCAUCUCCAACACCAUCUCCAACACCAUCUCCAACACCAUCACCAACUCGAACACCAUCUCCAACACCAACUCAAACAACUAAACCAAUUCAACCAUCUGUUAGUGUGAAUACAAGUGACAACUCAUUGUUGAGUAUUCCACUUAGAAUUCUUGAAAUUAUUCCAUCCUCGGUUUCGAGAACUGAUUAUUAUUUGAUGUAUGAGAAGGAUCCAAUCACUAUUGUAUUUAACAGACCGGUGAUUGCACUAGGUUCCGAGUUGGAGGUAAAAUACUCACCGUUCCACUUAAAGUGUGACGGUUCUCAAGUUCCAGUCGAUGGUAACUUCCGAUGGGUUACAACCUCCAUUGCACGUUUCGACAUCAACGGAACUUGGCCAACCGAUUUGAGAUGUAGUUUUGAGGUUGAUCCAUCGAUGACUGCCUACGACGGAACACGUCUCUCGAGAACACCUGACCCCGUUUACUACAAAACCACCUCACCAAUCAUAAACAUUGAAACUGUCACAUCGAACCGUACCCUCCAAAUGACAAACAACAAGUGGAGUCCAUUCACAAGCGCCAAACAAGCCAAUGGAACAUGGUACACUUCCGGACCAGAGGUUCCACCCGAUGGAAUCAUCGUAAUUCGUAUUUCAAUCGAUUUCGAUUUAGCCAUGUUGAAAUCAAGUAUCAAAGCAAUUCGUGAAUUGAAUUCUGCACCUGUAGAAAUUGAUUUUGUUACAUGUCCAGAAACAAUAUUAUUAAUUAAAAAUCAACAACAACAAACUUUUAUAGAGAUAGAGAAUCAACAAGAGUAUUUUGUAUUUCAUUUGGUAAUCGUUUGGCAAUUGGUGAAACAUACUCUUUGGUAUUCCCACAAAAAUUCAAAAUUGAAUUCAAGAGCUGGACCACUACCAAAACAAAUUUCAAUUCGUUUCAAUGGUUUAUAUCCAUUUGUUUUCCCAUUCCAGGAACAAAAUGAUAGACAUUAUAGUAAGAGAUUAUUACUUAGACAUGGAUUGGCAACACCAUCAUCAUUACAAACAUUAAGAGCGGCAUUCUCAUUCAUUCCACCAUUGAAUUUUACCAUGGAGUUGAUCGAUGCUGCCACCCUUCAAAUUACAGCUCCAUUUGAAGUAUUAAGAAACUAUACACUAGUUGUCAAUCCAGAAGAACCAGUUUUAGAUGGCUGGGGUAUUCCAUUGGCAAGACACCAAACACUCAUCAAACAAGACAAGGGAACACACUAUAUUGUUUCGAGAACUGAAAGUACAGAGUUUUACGAAAGCAAUUCAGUCGAACAGAUCUAUACCAUUUCACAGAAUGUCGGGGAUAUCAAUUUGGAUCCAGAUUGUCGUGGAAAAUACAUGCCAUACACCGUUGCAGGUUAUCCAUUGACCAAGUAUAAUUUGGUUGCUGCACUCAAUUCCAUGCUCAGAGGAAAACUACUCAUUGACAAACCAAAACAAAUCAUCACACUCGAUAGAAAUAUUACCAACCAACCAGUAGUUGCAGCACUCAAUUCCCGUGAUCUUUGGAAACAAAGUGGUACAUUCCUCCAAGCCAUAUUAAAUUUCUACGACUAUAAUUGCAAACCAUCGUACACCAUCAAUUUCAACACUGAAACUGAAAUAAGUAUCUCUGCACGUUCGGUUGAAUCUCGUGUUAUGGUUUGGAUAACCUAUCUUGAAAAUGAUACAAAUGUAGUUGAUGCAACUGUUUAUGUUUAUGGUUAUAAUCGUACAUAUAAUCCAGAUAAUGAAGUAUUUUUAGUUGAUCAAAAGAAAACAGAUUCUCAUGGUAUUGUAUAUUUCAGUCAUGAAGGUGAAAGAAUUUCGUACUUGGUUGUAGAGUAUGGAAAUAAUAGAUUACAUCCAUUCCAAACUAGUUUUGGAUAUUCACCAAGAUCCACAUCAACUAAAUCAGAGUUGAUUACCGAUAGAAAGUUAUACAAUGCUGGUGAAACUAUACAUGUAAAAGGAUACUUGAGAGGAGAGCUCAAAGUACUCUCCGAAACCGUAUUCAGAGUUUCAGCCGAUUGGUUAGUCUCUUCAACAAUGCAUCCAUUCUACCAAAAAGUUUCAGUCGAUCCAAUUUACAAUACUUUUGACAUUGACGUAGUUAUCCCCGCCAAUACAAACCAUGGUCCAUAUUCAAUUCAUCUAACUGGAAACAGUGUAAAUGAUAUAUCAUUAAAUAAUUAUUAUUCAUCUAUUGAUAUUUUAAUUGCAGAUCCAAGAAUUCCAACUGGAAAAUUAGAUAUUUCAUAUGGUGGUACUUUUAUUCCAUUUGUUGAAGGAUCUGCUUUAAAUGUUGAUAUCAAUAUGACCACUACCAAUUAUUUGGGUGUUGGAUUAAGUAACCAAAAUGUAACAUUGACCUAUGAUUAUGUUGAGAAUUUCUAUGAUAAAGGUUACUCUAAUUUCACUAGAAGCGUUGUCAAUGUCAUUACUAAUGCAGAUGGUCGUAAUGUUGCAAGCAUCAAAUUCCAACCGGGUGUUGUUAGAGAUGGUGAUAAAUUCUCAUUCUCUGCACAAUAUUUGGAUAGUACCAGAAGUCUAGUAGAGUCCAAGGUUAUCUCACUCUACUUCCUAAAGAGUGAAUACGGUUUCAAUAUGAGAGUUGCACCAUUCAUCUCUUCCAACAUUGUUCCAGGUGUUCCACAAGGUAUUUUCGCCGAUCUCAUUCAUAUCCCAACUGGUGAACCAGUUGUAAAUACCUCGAUUACCCUCCAAAUCUCACCGUCGAAACCGAUUACCAAGAUAUCCAACUAUGAAGAAGUAAACAUGGGUCAAUACGUUGAGAAUAUCUAUCAGUUGGAGCAAUACGAGCAACAGGAGCGCAUUGAAAAUACCGAUGGUCACACUGCUUCUUUCAAACAACUCAUUAAAAAGAGAAAGUUGAACACUCAGUAUUUCUGUCAGUUUGAAUCGACCGACAGCGAUAAGACUCCACCAUGUAGUUUCACUCUCCCUCAUUCUGGACUCUAUGUUAUCACUGCUCGUGCCAGCGUAAACUCUCAGAUUGUCACCAGUGCACUCAAAGUUGGCAAUGACCAAGACUAUUGGGAGAAUAACUAUUUCGCACCACACAACCAAAUGACUUUAUACACAGACAAGUCACAAUACAUCGAAGGUGAAUCACCACAGCUAACCUAUUUCAAUCCAUUCAAACAAGGAAGAUUCAUGAUUCAAUGGGGAUGUGAUGCUCAUUUGGAUACCAAACAAAUUACCGCCACCUAUGGUAUUGGUACCAUUGAAUUGGAAAUCAAUUCAAAAUGUGCAGAUUCCUAUUUCCACAUUGAUAUGAUUGGACAUGGUUCAAGAUUGGGUUACUCUAUUCCAGCAGAGAUUAGAAUUUCCCCACAGGUCAGUCUGAGUGCACCAUCAACUUGUCAAGGUACUACAGGUACCAUUGUUACACGUCGUCCAACUCUUGGUGUAUCAAUCGAUCUUUCCAACUCCAUCGUUAAACCAAACUCUGAAACUCAAUUUAGCAUCUAUCUUCGUAAUAGAGAUGGAUCAUCCUACUCUGGUGAAGCCGAAGCAUGUAUCAUGGUGGUUGAUCAAAGAAAUUUGGAUUUGGUUCCACACCCAAUGUCCAAUGGUGAUGGAUUGAAACCAGAUACCAGUUACAUUCAAAUGUUUAUCGAUUCGAGAAUCCAAAUUGUAUGUCGCUACUUAAGUGAAUUCAAGAUCAUGUUGAAUCGUUUGAAGCAAGAUCUCUGGAUUGAAUCUGCUUAUUGGGGUAAUUUCGAUCAGAAUCCAAAGGACUCUCUUUAUUAUUCUUGGAUAACAUCGAGUGGUGGUUAUUAUUAUCCAUAUAAUCAUUUCUAUCCAUAUCCAGCACCUUUUAGUGCUACUUCUAGUUCUUCCUCUUCUGGUUCUUCCUCUACUAGUGGAUUAACUGGAUUUGCGGGUGGAUUCCCUGGUAUCCAAUUCGAUAAUGCACUGGAAGGAGCUCGUUCACCACAAGCCUCUGCUGUCCCUAAAUCCAGUGGAAACAAUGGUGGAAAUGAUGUCAUAUCUAAUGUUCGUACCAAUUUCAGAACUACUCCAUUGUUUAUUCCAAAGAUCAUUGUAAAGAAUGGUGUUGCCACUGUCAGUUUGAAACUUCCAGAUGAUUUGACUACCUUCUCUAUUCGUGCCUAUGUUAUUACCAAUUCUUCAGAGUUUACAUCACAAGAGACAUCCAUUACCAGUAGAAAGGAUCUAAAUAUUCUACCGAUUCAACCUAGAUUUGCAAGAAUUGGUGAUAUCUUUGAAUGUGGUGUUACUAUUGUCGUUGGUAAUCCAGCUGCCUCUACUUCCAACUUGCGAUUGAUUGUCAAACUUGAAGAUCCAUCGCUGGAUAUCUUGACUGGUAGCUCAAAGGAUGUAUCCAUCCCAUCUUCAAUGACAUCGGUUGAUGUUCUUUUCAAUUUCAAAGCUAUGUACAAAGGUACUUCAAAGAUGAUUUUCUACCUUUAUCGUGGAACUGAAUCAUUGGACUCUGUUGAAAUUAGUUUUGAUGUACUAGGUCGUCAACUUCCGAUCUAUAUCGGUACAAGUAUGACUAUUAGUGCCAAUACAACCAUUGCCGAAGGAAUCAAGUUGCCAUCCAGUGAACCAGGUACUGGAAGUAUGGAUAUAGUCAUUGGAGUUGGUCGUUAUCCAUCAAUCGAAGUGGAAUGUGUUCAACUUUUAUCCAUUGCAGCAGAGAGAACACCAUCCUCUAUUGAUUUACUCUCUCAACAAGUAACCUACGGUGCACUCACAUCCUAUGGCUACAACAAAACAUUGAUCAACCAAUCACAAGAAGCAUUGAAACAAAUGGUUGAUAGUAUUGAUUCUUAUAUUGGUAGAUAUUUAAAUUAUUAUCCAGAUGAAUCAAGUAACUACUAUCCAACACUAUACGCUAUUGUAUUAAAGAAUUUAAUGGAACAAUCAAAUAUCGAUGGAUGGACACUCAUUCAUAGAAAUCUUUCAGAUUGGGUCAAUUAUAUCGAUAACUAUUUGAAUGAUGAGGUAUCACAAGCUCAUCGUUUAAAUACAUCUAUCGAUAAGGAGCUGAUUGGAUAUGCAUCGAUUGGUCUUGGUUAUUAUUGGGCACCAUCAGAAGAGGAUCUAGAUGAACUCUACAGUUGGAAUGCGCUCACCGCCAACAUCACCGAUAAUUGUUCCCUCCUUUGUCAAACCUACUUUAUGAUUGCAGCGUUGAUUCGUGGUGAAUCCAACUUGCCAUUCAUCAAUAUUGUAAUUCACAAUAUCGAGAAUAAUAUCCGUAUUCAAGGUAGAACUGCUUAUGUUACCUAUGGUGCUGGUAGUAGUCAAUCCAGUUUGGAGCUGACAACCUAUGCCUCGAUUGCAUUUAUUAUGGCAAACCACCAAACCCCAAUGUUGGAGAAAAUGAUCAAUUUCAUCGGAACCGGUGGUAUUAUCCCUACAUUUGAUUUCUUUAACUACUAUCGUGGUGGACAAUCAAGUGAACAACUUGCACUCUCUAUUAUUGCCAUGACCUACUAUGACAAAUCAACUAGAUCUACCAGACCGAACCUCUCACUCCUCGCAUACCAAGACACACCAUCUCACCCAAUUCUCAGUGCCAAAUUCAAUGAAAACAACACUCAGAGCAUUGCUAGAACCAUUCAAUUCGGAGUACUCGGAGACAAUGAAGGUAAAAUACUUUUCAAUGCCAAUGGAACCGGUGAAAUUUCCGCAUCGAUCGGAAUCAACUAUGUCCCAACAACACUACCAACCAAACCAAUAUUCCACGGUUUCUAUGUAGAGAAGAUCAUUAAAGUACUGAAUCCCUCUGGAAAUACCAGUACUGUCACUGAUAACACCUUCCAAGUUGGUCAGCUCGUUCAAGUUACCAUCUCAAUCACUACACCCGAUGACAUUGGAGUUGUCUACAUAGAGGAUGGUAUCUCUGCAGGAAUCGAACCACUCGAUAACAAUAUCUACGAUUUAGCAACAACUACAAACACUUUUGAUACUAACUAUCAAAGAUUCCGUUAUUGGAUCUACAAACCAUUCUCCUAUCGUGAAACCAAACGUGAUGUUGUCAUUUUCCACGGAACCAAUAUCAUUGCUGGUAGUUACACAGUUACCUAUAACGCAGUUACAACUAUUCGUGGUAAAUUCACACUACCACCAACCAAAGUAUAUUCAUCGAAACAACCUGAAGUAUUUGGUUUAUCUGCAGGUCUCGUAUUUAAUGUUAAAUAG